AUGCUCGGACAGUUCCCAACGUUCGACGACGGCAACGUUACGAUACGCCUGCAUACCGACAGCACCCUCAGACUGCAUAGCCAGAUCCUCGCACUCCAUUCCAAAUGGUUUGAAGCGAAUCUCAGCAAACGAUGGACUGGACUGCGGGAAGGUAACUCCCCCGAUGCCGCGACCAACCAAUUCGCCUACCAGCUACGAUUCGAUGAGGACUCCGCGCUCGCUAUGUACGUUCUCGAAAGCGCCUGUACAGAAGGUGAAUUCGUCGAUGGCAACGUGCAAGUCGACGAGGAGCAAAUGUCAGAGGCGGAAGUAGAGCUGUUGGUCGGGCGGCGCGCCGUCAUCAAGGCACACUACGACAUGUUCCGGCUCAUGUACCACGUCCCAGUGCACACGGUAUACAGUCUUGAGAACAGCUUCGUCGAGUUCUUCGAAAAAGACACCCUUGCGCAGCAUCAAGUCGGCAUGGCUCCCGUCGACAUGCUGGAGAUUGCGGUGACGUACAAGUCGAGCUGGAUGUUCAAGGAAGCAGCCGGUCAUCUCGUCGGCACAAGCAAUCAGUCCUGGGUAGAUGCGCAAGACCGCCUAGUCGAACUCAAGCUGGGUGAUCUGUUCGGCAAGAAGCGGAGCGAAUUCAUCUCGAAACUCCAUUCGACAGAUUCAGACCUCUUCAGAAUGUCUGUCAAGGCUUCGCAUCUCGGAGAAGAGCCCACGCACGCAUUCUUCCGGAAAUGGCUGGCGAUCAAGCUCAACACACACCAAGGCCAGCAUUUCCUAGGUGACAGGUACUCAGAGACGUACCGCAGGAUCGCGCAAGAAAAGUACGAGGGGAAUUCGGUCGAUGUCGAGUAUGCUCUGGGAAUGUACCUGCAGUCACUGUACGGCACCUGGCAUAGUAGCGGCGACAUUCGGAAGAUGUUGGGGUCUCUUCACAAAGUGGCCAGGCAUGCCAAAGGUGUUGUAGAGGGCAUCGUGCGCAGCAAGACGGAGAUUGAGGGUCGGAAGCCGGAUGGAUGCUCGGAUCUCUUCUGUGCGCUGACUUUCGUAGAGAUCAAGGAUAAGGAGCUUCCUUGGAUGCGGCUUGUUAAGGAAGGUGGACGUUGA